GCAGGCAAGACACGCGGGAAAGAAUAGAAAGAGUGAACACAUCGAGCGCAGUGCACACGAAGCGGCGAUGCAACAGAUGUUUGCAGGUUAUUAGGUGGGGUAUUUUUGUCCUUUUAUUGGAGAAAAAAAAUCUAGGGGGAAUGGAAUGUGUUAUGGCAGCCUUUUCUGUUAAUAACGCCACUGUCACUAACUCCAUCAUAAUGAACACCAAUGGGCCUCCUGAUCUGAUGCUGGACCCCAGAACUGUAUGUGUAUCUAUCGAUGAGGUGGUAUCCAAUCAUGUGAGAAGUCAACAGACUCCAUUAUUACAUGGGCAUCUCAAGAAAGUGGAGAACAGUCUAACUGAAGCCCAACGUUUUUCCUACCUGCCACGUCGACCAGCAGUUAACAUUGAAUUCAAAGAUGUCUGCUACUCAGUUCCUGAGGGACCAUGGUGGGGAAAGAAAGGUUACAAGACCCUGCUGAAAGGGAUCUCUGGGAAAUUUACCAGCGGCUGCCUGGUGGCCAUCAUGGGUCCCUCAGGAGCUGGGAAAUCUACGCUGAUGAAUAUUCUGUCCGGCUAUAGGGAAACGGGGAUGAAGGGGGAGAUCUUGAUCAAUGGACAGCCUCGUGACCUGCGUUCUUUCAGGAAGGUCUCGUGCUACAUCAUGCAGGACGACAUGCUUCUGCCUCACCUCACAGUACAGGAGGCCAUGAUGGUGUCUGCUAAUCUGAAGCUCCAGGAAAAGGAUGAGGGCAAGAGAGACAUGGUGACGGAGAUCCUUACGGCCCUGGGCCUGCUUGAGUGUGUGAAAACUCGAACGUCACAUCUUUCAGGGGAGAGGAAAAGGCUGGCCAUCGCCCUAGAGCUUGUCAACAACCCUCCCAUCAUGUUCUUUGAUGAGCCCACCAGUGGCCUGGACAGUUCCUCCUGUUUCCAGGUGUUGUCUCUGCUGAAGGCCCUGGCCUAUGGUGGCCGCACCGUUAUCUGCACCAUCCACCAGCCCAGCGCCAAGCUCUUUGAGCUCUUCAACAAGCUGUAUGUCCUUAGCCAGGGCCAGUGUAUCUACAGAGGGAAAGUGCCUAACUUGGUACCUUACCUUAGAGAGCUGGGGCUCAACUGCCCGACAUACCACAAUCCUGCAGACUUUGUGAUGGAGGUGGCGUCUGGGGAGUACGGUGAUCAGACGGCUCUUUUGGUGAAGGCCGUGCAGGAUGGGAAAUGUGAGCACGUCUACAAGACAGACAUGAACGAUGGACCCCUCAACCCCUUCCUGUGGCACAAAUCUUCUGAGGAGGAUUCCCCUUCCGGUGAGGGCUGCCACAGUUUCUCGGCCAGUUGUCUGACUCAGUUCUGCAUCCUGUUCAAAAGGACAUUUCAAUGCAUCAUUAGAGAUACAGUGCUGACUCACCUAAGAAUCACCUCUCACAUUGGGAUUGGGAUUCUGAUUGGCCUGCUCUAUCUGGGCAUCGGCAACGAUGCCAAGAAAGUGCUCAGCAACUCCGGCUUCCUCUUCUUCUCCAUGCUCUUCCUCAUGUUUGCUGCUCUAAUGCCUACUGUUCUGACGUUCCCUUUGGAGAUGGGAGUGUUCCUAAGAGAGCACUUGAACUACUGGUACAGUCUGAAGGCUUACUAUCUGGCCAAGACUAUGGCAGACCUCCCCUUCCAGAUAGUGUUCCCAGUCGCCUACUGCAGCAUCGUCUACUGGAUGACGUCCCAGCCGCCUGACGCUGUACGUUUCAUCCUUUUCUUGGCCCUGGGAGUCCUCACCUCUCUUGUGGCCCAGUCUCUGGGCCUGCUGAUAGGAGCGGCUUCCACCUCGCUACAGGUUGCCACGUUUGUAGGUCCGGUGACUGCCAUACCCGUGCUGCUUUUCUCUGGCUUCUUUGUCAGUUUUGACACAAUUCCGUGGUAUCUUCAGUGGAUGUCAUACCUUUCAUAUGUCAGGUAUGGCUUUGAAGGUGUCAUCCUCUCCAUCUACGGGCUGGACCGGAAGGACCUCCACUGUGACAAGGAUGAAACAUGCCACUUCCAGAAGUCGGAGGCCAUCUUGAAAGAGCUUGAUGUGGAAGAUGCCAAACUGUACCUUGACUUCAUAGUGCUUGGCAUGUUCUUUGUGACCCUCCGUCUCCUCGCGUACUUUGUGCUGCGCUAUAAGAUCAGUGCAGAGAGGUAAACUGGGGAGUGGCGGUAAAGGAGGAGAAAGGCCCAGAUCGCUUGCAAGCUGGAAUUCUGCUUCUAGAAACCUCCAGGCAGUGGCCCAGAAAUACACCAUGCACACUAAACUUUUGGCCAAAGUCUACAGAAUAUACACAACUGUUGUGUGAGGGUGUGCAUGCAGUAUGACUCUACUUAGCUUAGACAAACAAAUAUGGCAGAGAGGAGCUCAGUGCCAUGGAUGAUUCCCAAUAUUACAAGAACGUUCUUGUUUAAAUACCAAAACCAAGGCUCCUGUCACAGUAGGAAUCUAGAUGUAAUCGCCUUGUGCAAGGGAACCAACUGUAAGUAAUGUAAGAGUUUGUUGUUGAUAAGCUCUUGUCUAGUCUGUAGUUUCCAGACUGGUUUAUAUGAUCACUGUGUGAAACCAAUUAAAUGAAAUAGCUUGGUGGAAGGACAAUGGGAAGACAGGGCCACACUUAAACAGGAGCUGGUUUCCUCCAAUGUGUGUUUAUUAUAUAAGACUGCCAGAUCAAAUGGGUCUGUAAUCUGGGACCCUCGGUCAAUACAGGGAAAGGUACAAUAGUGCUUGUUGCUAAUGUGGGAUAAAGCAAUCACAUACAUUCCAAGCAUAUGAGAGACUGUACAGUACCAAUAUAUACUGUCAUUUAUCCUGGGUGAGUUUCCCGAAACAAAUGUGGCAUGUGGCGCUCGACAGCCUAGCCUCUCAGGCGCAAGAGAGUAACUGUGCUUGAACAAACAAAUUAAUAAAAUUAAGCACGUUCUAUGAGUGGCAUCGGUGGGGGUCUGGGUUUUUCAGGGAAAUAAAGUACCACGUUAGCACCCCUGCUCAGAGGCCUGUGGUUGUGAUUAUAGGGCUUGAAUAGUUGAAGGAAGAUAUGGGGGAUAUGAAUUCUGAUGUGACUGUGGCUGGCUUAGUAUUACAAGCCAGAAUCCUAACCUGAGAUCUGAGCAUGUAACACAAACAGAAAGUUAAGUAUUACAUUAUCUCAAGCAUUACCAACACAGCUUAGUUUGAAUGGCAUGGAGGAUUGAUACAAUACUCUUUUAGUCACUCCACAGUCAGUCAUGUAAAAUAGAAUUGAGAAUGAAGAGUAUUUUAUACUAGCUCAUGUUCUGUCACACAAUCAAUUCAUAAAAGACAUGGCAGCCUAGGUUGGGGUUUGUUUUAUCUGUCAACCAUACCAAAGGGAUAUAGUGCUACCGUAUUUCUGUAAGAGACUGGGGGCUCUAUUUUAUCAAACUUAAUGCAAUGAUAAGUCACUAAGGCUAAGACUGUUGGUAGCGCUAUAUGUCCAGAGGUGUUUUUUUGUGCUAUUUUCACUGCAGAAAUUAUGGGUGCAGUAGCUGGCAGUUGUGUGAAAGGGCUGGGAUAAAUUGGGAGGCUUGUCCCCUCACUGGCCAAUCAGAACGUGGUCCAUGGCUAAAUAUGUGGGUGCUUCUAGUUGUGUAUUUACGGUCUUUCAUGUUUCAAGUUGUUAUCAAAGCCAAUUUGAAUGUUAGUCCGCUAUAGCCUAGUUUGCUAAAUAGCCUACAGAAACAAAAUAACAACAUGUAGGCAUAUUCCAUCUUUGCUAAAUACAUUGAACAUGUUUGCAGUCCAUAUUGUUCUAAGUAUUGUUCUACCAUUGCUUCAAUAUGGAAAUACACUACCGCUCAAAAGUUUGGGUCACUUAGAAAUGUCCUUGUUUUUGAAAGAAAAGCUAAUUUUUUGUCCAUUAAAAUAACAUCAAAUUGAUCAGAAAUACAGUGUAGACAUUGUUAAUGUUGUAAAUGACUAUUGUAGCUGGAAACUGCAGAUUUUUUUAUGGAAUAUCUACAUAGACAUAUACAGAGGCCCAUUAUCAGCAACCAUCACUCCUGUGUUCCAAUGGCAUGUUGUGUUAGCUAAUCCCAAGUUUAUAAUUUUAAAAGGCUAAUUGAUCAUUAGAAAACCCUUUUGUAAUUAUGUUAGCACAACUGAAAACUGUUGUAAUAAGCAAUAAAACUGGCCUUCUUUAGACUAGUUGUGUAUCUGGAGCAUCAGCAUUUGUGGGUUCGAUUACAGGCUCAAAAUGGCCAAAAACAAAGACCUUUCUUCUGAAACUUGUCAGUAUAUUCUUGUUCUGAGAAAUUAAGGCUAUUCCAUGAAAGAAAUUGCAAAGAAACUGAAGAUCUUGUACAACACCGUGUACGACACCCUUCACAGAACAGUGCAAACUGGCGCUAACCGAAAUAGAAAGAUGUGUGGGAGGCCCCGGUGCACAACUGAGCAAGUCGGGAUGUAUUUUUUUUUGCAGUACUGUUUAUUCGAGAUGAUAUGAACACUGUGGACAAUGUUCAGUAAGUUGCAACAUUGAAACACAGAAAUAAACAGUUUUCCAUAAACAAGGUCUAAAUCAUUUCUGAUGCACCUCUGGAUGUCAUUUUAUUUGCAGUACUGUUUAUUCGAGAUAAUAUGAACACUUGUGGACAAUUUUCAGCAAGUUGCAACAUUGAAACACAGAAAUAAACACUUUUCCAUGAACAA